AUGAAUGCAUUUCAAGUUUAUUUUUAAACAUCAAUUGAAAGUUGUCAAUGUGAUUUUUUACCAUCGACAAAAGGUAUUGCAGCAUGUACAAUAAUAGCUUCGAUAUUUCUUGGUCUUUCAAUUAUUCUUCUAUUUAUUCAUUCAAUAAAUGUAUCAGAAAAUUAUUCCAUAGGUGUAUGUCUUAGUUUUUUUCCAUUUAUUUUAAUUUUAUUGGCAUUCAUAUUUAUACUUAUUGCAUUGAUUCUUGUUGGAAGUUAUUUAUCACGAGAUAUAAUGUAUGUUGUUCGAUUAGCAAAUACUGCUAAUGAUUUAGAUUCACUUCGACAAAGAGCUCGAGAUACACACGAAAUACGAAUCGAUUGGUCAACUGCCUUGGAAAUCGUUGCCUUAGUUUUAACAUUCUUCUCAUUUAUUCUUUAUAGUAUCUUUGUUUUUAAAAUUGGUCGAUCACCAUAA